UGGUUGGGACCGUCCCCUCACAGCCGUCCCGCCCCGCCGCCGCCGCGCUGCGCCCAUGGUGAUUGUGCUGCAUCCCCCGCGCGCCGAGCGGGGCGAGCUGCCCGCGCCUCCCCGCCGGGGCGCCCAGGUGUUGGUGUCUUCAGAGUCGUUUAGGCGUUUAGUUCUGAGGAAGUAGAGACACAAGGAUUGAGUCUAUUUUAUGUAGAAAGCUACAGCUCUUCAUCAGUACUCUUUUUACUCCUUCAUAUCCCUCCUAUAGGGGAGGACAAUUUGGGAAUUAUUUUAACAGUCAUUUACUCCCCUUCCCCCCUCACAAUUCUACCCUAGUCCCCGAGGCAUCCGCUAGACAUUGCCUGUUAUAGGACCAGGAGAACGUUCUCAUCAUCAUCAUCAUCAUCCCUUGCUUGCUUUGAGAGCUUCAGUAGUACCCUUCCCUCCUUUGGAGUGUAGUGCAGAGAGGCAUCCAGAAGACUUCCUUGCCACCCUUUUUGGUUAGUAGAGGAUCCAGGAAAAGGGGUACCUAGCAAGACACGUGACCUCCUUAAGGGAGCCAGAACUGAAGCAGCACUUAGCACGCUGAAGGAAACACCCAUCUUUAGUGUCUUUUUCGUCUUCCACUCCUUCCUCACCAAAUUUCUGCAGUUCCACUGAAAGGAAACCUUGAAGGUUGCAAGACAAGUCCAAGAUGUGCAGUUCUGUUGCUCCCAGGCUGUGGUUCUUAACAGACCGUCGCAUCAGAGAAGAUUACCCUCAGCAGGAGAUCCUGAGAGCACUGAAGGCCAAAUGCUGUGAAGAGGAGCUGGAUUUCCGGGCCUUGGUGAUGGAUGAAGUGGUGCUGACCAUUGAGGAUGGAAAUCUUGGUCUCCGGGUGAAAGGGGAGCUUGUUACUUCUUACCCACAAGUGGUGGUUGUGCGUGUGCCAACACCUUGGGUCCAGAGUGACAGCGAUAUCACAGUCCUUCGCCACCUAGAGAAGAUGGGCUGUCGACUGAUGAAUCGCCCCCAAGCCAUCCUCAACUGUGUCAACAAGUUCUGGACGUUUCAAGAACUUGCUGGUCAUGGUGUGCCUCUUCCAGACACUUUUUCGUAUGGUGGUCAUGAGAAUUUUUCCAAAAUGAUUGAUGAGGCGGAAGUGCUGGAGUUCCCUAUGGUGGUGAAGAACACGCGGGGUCAUCGAGGUAAAGCUGUGUUCCUGGCACGAGACAAGCACCAUUUGGCCGACCUAAGCCAUUUGAUUCGUCAUGAUGCCCCUUACUUAUUUCAAAAAUACGUUAAAGAGUCCCAUGGCAAGGACGUACGUGUCAUCGUAGUAGGAGGCCGUGUGGUGGGCACCAUGCUCCGCUGCUCAACAGAUGGGAGGAUGCAGAGUAACUGCUCACUUGGUGGUGUAGGAAUGAUGUGCUCACUGAGUGAACAAGGCAAGCAGUUGGCAGUCCAAGUGUCAAACAUCCUGGGGAUGGAUGUGUGCGGCAUUGACCUGCUGAUGAAGGACGACGGUUCAUUCUACGUCUGCGAGGCCAAUGCAAAUGUAGGUUUCAUUGCCUUUGACAAGGCUUGUAAUUUAGAUGUAGCUGGUAUCAUAGCGGACUAUGCCGCUUCUCUGCUCACCCCCGGCCGCUUGACGCGGCGCAUGUCCUUGCUCUCUGUGGUGUCCACGGCAAGCGAGACUAGCGAGCCAGAGCUGGGCCCUCCAGCUAGUGCCGCUGUCGACAAUAUGAGUGCUAGCUCCAGCUCUGUCGACAGCGACCCUGAGACCACGGAGAGAGAGUUGCUCACCAAGCUCCCGGGGGCUCUAUUCAACAUGAACCAGCUAUUAGCCAAUGAGAUUAAACUCCUGGUGGAGUGAUGCCACGUGUAAAUAGAUGACCAACAGAACUCUCUCUUGUAAAUUUUUUUUUUAAGCCAACUUGCAAUGCUGUUUAUCAGAGACGCUCAGAGGAAAUGAGGAAAGGGGGUGGGUGUGUCAGUCAAGAGAGCAAGAGUAAAAGGCACACGUGCUGUGAUUGCUGUCCCUACCUUUUUGCAGAACAUUAAAUUGUCUUCAUUCGUCAGCAUCAGCUUUACAAUAAAGAUGUUCAGUUCAUAACCAGGCAGCAGAUUUAUUUGAAUGCUGCUUUGGUCCCCAGAUAUAUUGCAGUUCAUGUGUCUUCACAGGCAAGCAUUGAAGCAUGAUUCACACUCGAAGAUUUUCAGAAAGUUGUCUGGCAGCUCUCUAGAAACUUCUGUGAAUUACUGCACCAAUAAAGUCUCUUCUACCUCUGUAAGGCUUGAUCCUGUAAAUUGCUGAGUGCCUCAAAUUCUUUAUGUGAGUUGAAGGUGUUAAAUACCAAGUAUUUCAAAAUUCCUGGACACCUACUUUUCCUACUCUUGUAAGUGGGAGCUGUAAGUUCAGGAUCCUUUUAAAGUCAUCACUUUCUGACCUUGCAGGAUAUGGCCUUUCAAAUGAUGAGGCUGAGAGAAGCGUCAGUUGACUUAACAAGAACUUUCUGUAAAAGUCUGUAAAUUGUACCAUCUUGGUAUUAAGUGGCAGCUUUGUGUCUAAAUUUCUUUAUAAAGCUUUUGAAGGAGGAUAUUAGUACUUGUGUUUUUCUCAUUUCAAAUCCUGAUUUUGGAAGGUAUCUAGGAGAAUUAGUCAUAUUCUAUUUGUGGGCAGAAAUGGCACGUUUUAACUAUUUUUUGCAUGGUUGGAGGAGAUAAACAGCACUGUAAUGUUUGGUAUACAAAAUGAUGUUUAAUCCAAUGUGAAAAUGAAUUACACUAGUUUAAAGCAAACGUGCAUCGACUUGUAUUUGUUAGUGUUUUAGUCUUUCUGAGAGAGAUCUGCAAUGUUAAUGUUCCUUUUUCUUUUAAUACAUGCUAGUCCAACACUCCCUUCUCUAUGCCUGCAUCUUUAACAGUGGCCAAAGUGAAAACACCGCAGACUGUUUGUUAAGAAAACACUGAGAUAUAGCCUGUACAUUGUUGGGGUUUUGUUCAUUUGUUUUUAUUUUUCACUUUUUUUCGGAGGGAGGAAUGUGGUAAGGCGUGGAGGAGGGAAGAGCUGGUUAAAAGUGAUUAGUCGUUCAGAGGAACUUUAGAAUAAAGCAGUUCACACAAUACGUACCAGGCUUACUUUUUCCCCACUGAACAUAAAAGCUGAUGUUGGCAGAAAUCCAAAGAGUAUAACUGGGGAGAAAUACUCAGUUUGUAGCUUUGGGAAAAAAACGCGUUAGAUUUAAAAAAAAAAAAAAAAAAAAAAAAA